AUUAUCGAAAACCCAAAUCUCAAUAUUUCGGGCGUUAGGACCCAGCGGUAGAGCUGACCGCAUCAAUAGUGUGUGUGGAUGUGAAUGUGUUUACACUUCGGCAGUAUUUUGCCACUUAUUUAUCAACUUUGAUUAAAAAAAAAAAUGAUCCUAUGUAUUAAUACAAACUUAAAAAUGACGACAGAAAUACUGUGACAAAAGUUGUAUGGAUGGAGUCUUCGCGGGGGGUUGGCGGUCUUUCCCGCGAGUAUAAGCUGGUAAUGCUGGGCGAGGGAGGAGUGGGUAAAAGUGCCAUCAUCAUGCAGUUUAUCAGUCACCGGUUCCCUGAGGAUCAUGACCCUACUAUAGAGGACGCCUAUAAGACGCAGAUCCGCAUCGACGACGAGCCGGCGAACCUGGACAUCUUGGACACAGCAGGACAGGCUGAAUUCACAGCCAUGCGUGAUCAAUACAUGCGUGCUGGCGAAGGCUUCAUCAUUUCAUACUCCAUAACGGACCGGCGCAGCUUCCAGGAGGCUCGCCACUUCAAGCAGCUCAUCUGCCGCGUGCGGCGCACUGUGGACACGCCAGUGGUGCUCGUGGGAAACAAAUCUGACCUCGCACACCUGAGACAGGUGUCAGUAGAGGAGGGAAAGGAGCUGGCGAGGGAGUUCCAGUGUCCGUUUUUCGAGACGUCCGCUGCGUUCCGUUACUACAUCGACGAGGUUUUCGCCGCUCUGGUGCGUCAGAUCCGUCAGCGCGAGGCCGAGGCGGUGCGGAGCGGAGAGAGAAAGACGCGACGCAACCGGUCGCUCUGGAGCCGCCUUAAAGCGCCCUUUCGCAAGAAACAGCGCUCCGAGCAUUGAGGCGGCUGAUGGGAUGGAUCUCGCCAUCGUCAACGAAGAGCAGGAAGUUACUGUUGUCUGUAAACCUGUUACCUCCACCUUCUCGAGAGGUGGUUUGUGAACUGUUAACCUAGAUAGUUUAUUAUAUGAUUGAUUUUGAUGAAUCAUUUGGUUACGUUUGAUCAGACACCAGCUUUCUAUGUGCAGGACACACGUAGGGAGCACUCACACGUAUGUAUUCACAGAACGGGGUGACGUCGCGCAUUGGGGUUCUGUCACUUCACUUUGUGGAAAGUUCAACUUUUCAAGCGGCAGCCAAUCAAAUCAUGUUUAUGCAAAUGUUCCAGCGCAGGCGCUAGCCAAUCAAAUCACAGUUACAGAGCAGGAUGGGUUUCUUGAAAGCCGGCUAUGUUGUGUAUAUGGUUGUUGCUAUGACGAUUGCACCAGCAAACGACACCCCUACGUGUCAGGCACGCCCACUGUUACACGUAUGUGUGAGUCCUCCUCGACAGCCACGGUAUAUCGGCUACUUACUGUUAUCUUUACGUGAGGACUAUAGGUGGACUUCUUCUUCUUCUUCAUAAUACUGUAUUUAGUGAAACGUAUUAAACUUGACAUUAGUUACAGGGAGCAUAGCUUUUGAUGUUGACUUUCAGGAGAACUGUAGUACCUCCAAUUCUUAACCAAUGGGAUGAAAUAAGAAGGUCAUGGAGAUGUGAGGAGGUUUUAGAAACUGGUAUGAAGAACGAGGGUCUGAACUUGGAUCAUUAUUCUCCACCAACUACUGUGGCAGUAAACGAGAAUAUUUUUAACCCUGGCCCGUUCUAAUUUUGGGUCUCCGCUUUUAUAAUAAAACACUUAGUCAUUGCGUCAUCAUCACAGUCUUUCUUAAACGCUAAACUGAAAAUAUUGGUUCGAGACGCACUGGAUUUUACUCGCUUCCACUUCAGAUCGGUCACACCGUUUCCUGAAAUGUGUAUAAUUAUGGUAUAGUUUUAUUGUUCGUUUUUAAACUGACAAUUCAAUCCUGCGGUCUGGAAUUCCUUCAGUUUCCCAAUCACAGGCUUUUGACAUGUUUCCGGAAAAAAAACAUUUCUCUAGUUUUAUCAUUUACAACUUCUUCUUAGUAAAUAUACGGCGAGGUAUGCAGGUGUUGUACUGUGCAAAAGUCUUGGAAAGAAAUGUGGUAGACCAAAAAAUAAUGAAAUGAAAUGUUUCAACAUUUCAGCAGUAAGCCAUAAUAAAUGAAAAAAAGUCAAUAUUUGGUGCGAGACCAAUUAUUGACUUUGCUUUAAAAAAAAAAAAAAAAGUAGUCUGAGGUGCAGUUUUAUGCGGAAAUGAGCUGUAGGUUUUACUGAACAUCUUCCAGAACCAGCCACAGUUCUUCUGGACACUUUGACUGUCACACUCGCGUCUUCAUUUCGCACCGAAACCCAGCAGCCUUCAUUACAUUUUCUUUUUAGCUCGUCUAUCCAUACGGCUGAUGAGUUAUCGCCAUGGCGUGGCGUCCGUCAUCCACAAUUCAGUUAAAUCGUGCCUCAUCCUUCAGUUCUCCAUUGGUUUCCAUUCCGAUUGUUUUGUUUGAAAGAACUCAUCACGCCGCACAAAACUUGGUUGUUGUUUUGUCAAAUUUUUGGCCAAAUUAACAAAUUUUCCAGGCCUCUCACUAGAAUUGUAUCUCCUCUCUGAUUUCUCAUCCGAUUUCAGUUCUGAUCAAUGUUUUGGUUCGAUUUUCCCUCAAUGAACGAAACUCGGGUCGUUUGUUUGUUGAUUUUCCUGUUGUAAACAAUUUGUUUAUUUUCAGUUAAAUCGUAUCUCCUCCAUCAGUUCUUUACAGAUUUCAGUUUUAUUUGAAGAAACUCGACCUUCUGCACAAAACUCGAUCAUUGUAUUGUCAACUUAACACAUUUCCUUCUGACUAGAAUUGUAUCUCCUCUCUCAUUUAUCAUCCGAUUUCAGUUCUGAUCGAUGUUUUGGGGAACAAAAUGUAGUCCUUCAUUGAUUUUCCUGUUGUAAACAAUUAGCCGUGGAGGUUGGUCCUCUCUCACGUCGUCACGUUUCGGUUCUGUUUGAUGUUUUGGUCGUCGGGGUUGUUUUGAUGGCAGGUCAGAUGAGCGACUACACUACCGUUCAAAAGUUUGGGGUCACUUUGAAAUGUCCUUAUUUUUGAAAGAAAAGCACUGUUCUUUUCAAUGAAGAUCACUUUAAACUAAUCAGAAAUCCACUCUAUACAUUGCUAAUGUGGUAAAUGACUAUUCUAGCUGCAAAUGUCUGGUUUUUGGUGCAAUAUCUCCAUAGGUGUAUAGAGGCCCAUUUCCAGCAACUCUCACUCCAGUGUUCUAAUGGUACAAUGUGUUUGCUCAUUGCCUCAGAAGGCUAAUGGAUGAUUAGAAAACCCUUGUACAAUCAUGUUAGCACAGCUGAAAACAGUUGAGCUCUUUAGAGAAGCUAUAAAACUGACCUUCCUUUGAGCAGAUUGAGUUUCUGGAGCAUCACAUUUGUGGGGUCGAUUAAAUGCUCAAAAUGGCCAGAAAAAUGUCUUGACUAUAUUUUCUAUUCAUUUUACAACUUAUGGUGGGAAAUAAAAGUGUGACUUUUCAUGGAAAACACAAAAUUGUCUGGGUGACCCCAAACUUUUGAAUGGUAGUGCAUAUCCUUGACGUUCUGGUUUCUUAAUCUGAAAAGUCGUCUCUUAUGUAAUACGCUGCUCAGAUACAAACUUUUUUAAUUUGGUGCUGGAAAAUGAAACGAAAGUUUAGAACUCCUAAAAUGUUUUUACUUGAUAAUGUCGACGUCAUAAAAUAGAAAUCCGUAAAGUUUGUAUGUGGGGAAAAAAUAGAGGGACUAAGACUUUUGCACAGUAUUGUACAGCGAGCUUGAUCUGCUGAUUAGUGCUGUAUGGACCAUGAACAUCAACAACAGUAUUGCUCACGAUACACACUCCAGACAAACUUUACACUUAUUAGUUUGAACUUGAGGUAAAGUUUGGACUGUCAGUCAAAAGUGGUCGAGGAUUGACUUUUUGUUGCACUUCCUGGUUUCAAAUUUGCGGCAACUUUGAAACAAAAUCGGGAGGAAAAAAAAAGGAAAAAAAACCUAACGAACCCGGGUGGAGAACCAAGAUGGAGGUUUCAGACCCUGAUAGCAAAGUUCAUAGUAGGCUUCAAGAAGAAUUUUCAGAGCGUUUAGAGCACGUGAGUGAAAGAGAUGGAGAGAGAAAGACCGAGAGGGAUGUAGUUUAAAUAAUACACAUGCUGUGUUCAAUAGAAGGUGCGGUAGGAUAAAGGAUUAUGUAAUGUUUUCUUUCAUGCUGGUUCUAGUUUUUAUUAUCUUAGUUGUGUUUGCUUUCCAGAUGUGGAUCACAAGUUUUGCAUUUCAGCUUUAAAGGGGCUGUAUGUAACAUGGUUUAUAUCCUACAGUGGUGUUUGAAAGUUUGUGAACCCUUUAGAAUUUUCUAUGUUU